AUGGAAGGGGGUGGUUUCGGCUAUGGACUCUUAGAGAAGAAGCCUCAUUCGCUACGACCACUUCCGCCAUUAACUGCCAUAGACAGAUUUCUAUGGAGCCCAAGCGACUUAUUUCCGAAACACACCGAGAUAAACAAGAUAAAGCGAGACACGGUUAUCUCUGCAAAUGGGUUUAGGAGUUUUUCGUCCCCAAGUCCAAGUGGAGGUGGAGCAAGAGCAGCCGACGAUGGUUACUCGAGCGGGGUUUUAUUACCUAGCAGCACUCAAGAUAUGAGCUUCAUUGAUGGACUUUUUGCAGAAGGAGAUUCAGUUAAUUAUAGGCCUGAUAGGAAUCGCAGUGAGGGUGUAAGAGAGGAGAUGAAACUGGGAGAGAAAAACGCAACAUGUAUGGGAAAGAGAGUGAAAGGUGGCUCUUCUGCUAAUUUAAUUAAAGGACAGUGGACAGAUGAAGAAGACAGAUUAUUAGUCAGAUUAGUGAAGCAAUAUGGUGUUAAGAAAUGGGCUCUGAUUGCUCAGAAGUUGGUCGGUCGGGCUGGGAAGCAGUGUCGAGAGCGAUGGCAUAAUCAUCUACGCCCAGAUAUCAAGAAGGAUACAUGGAGUGAAGAAGAAGAGAAACUGUUGGUUGAAGCUCAUGAGAAGAUAGGGAACAAGUGGGCAGAGAUUGCAAAGAGAAUCCCUGGAAGAACCGAAAAUGCAAUAAAGAACCACUGGAACGCCACCAAAAGAAGGCAGAAUUCAAGGAGAAAGAUCAAUAAAGCAGCAAACCAAGGAGAAAAAUCUCAGUCAUCUAUACUGCAAGAGUACAUCAGAAGAAAGAGCAUGAAAGAAAACUCCACCAUUGUCAAUCCAUCCCUCCUCACUAGCUCCACUCUCUCCACAAACCCAUCAAGACAAUUCAAUGCUGUCACACUUCCAGACCCACCAUCAUCUGAUCACUCAACACCAAGAGAUGAUUCUGCCCGCUCAUAUGACGAGGAAUUGCUCUUCAUAACAGAAUUCUUGGAGAGCAUUUAUCAACAACCAUCUGAUUAUAGUACGGUUGUGGUCUCUACAGAAGGGGAUACGUUUGAUGGUUGGAAUCUUCAAAAACAUAUGUCGUCUGAUGAUGAGCUUCUGCCCUUUGCCGAGACGGAUGAAUGUGGUUUCUCCGCCUCUACCGUCCCAAUCACAAACAUGCAUCAUAAUGUUGAUGACAUCCCAAGAGAAGUCACCAACCCAUCAUCACAUCUGUAUUCAGAUGUUUACAUCGCUUGUCUCCUGAAUGGAUCAACUCCAUCAUCUUCCACAAGUGAUCAGAACUACUUCUCUGACAAUCCAGAAAUCGACCUGCUGAUGGACAUGGAACAGUCUUGUUUAAAUGUUAAGAAAGAGAUGGAUUUAAUAGAGAUGGUUUCUUCUUCUCGGUUCUCUCAAAGCAAUACGUAG